AUGCCGCGUAUCAGGUGCAGGCCCGCCGACAAAAUGGACGAGAACAGCGAUCUGAUCGGCGAAGUGUCGGUGGUAGAUGUGUACGACAUCGCAUCGGACAUAGGUAAGGAGUGCGAGAAGAUAAUCGACCAGUAUGGGGCCGAUGCUGUGACCGCGCUCAUGCCCAAAGUGAUAAACGCGCUCGAAUUGCUCGAGAAUCUCGCGACCAAGAACGAGAGGGAGAACACGCUGUUGCACGAGAUGCAGAGCAAGAUCUCCCAAUUGGAGAACGACAAGUUGGAGAAGCAGGAGUACCGCCUGAAAUUCGAAAAGGAGCUGGAAGCAAUAGAGGAACAAUGGCGCACCGACACCAAAGAGCUGGUAGGAGUCGUCUCCAAACUGCAGGAGGAAAACCGCCGCCUUGUAAAGGACCUAAGCCCGAAUCACCAAGUCCGUGCCUCCACGGACGUGCAAUCAGACGGCGCAAUGCUGCAACGUCUUAAGGACUCCCUCGAAAAACAACGCGACGAGAUCCGUCUCAAGGAGAAACUGCUCCAAGAAAAGGCGACCGACAACGAAAACUUAAAGUCCCAGGUGGAACGGUUGACCAGCACCAACAGAGAACUGAGACGCAAGCACAAGACGUUCCAGAAUCAGGUGCGCACGUUGUGCGAUGAACGUGCCGAUUUCUUGGUGCAGCUCCAGGACCAACAGAGGGACAUAAACGGUUUGAGGCAACGGCUUGGGUUGGCACAAAAGGAAAACGAGGACCUGGUUAAAUCGGAUCAGCCUCUGCCCAGCAACAAAGCCAUAUACGAUUUAGACGAUCCCAAUCGGCCACGUUUCACCACACAAGAGCUGAAAGAUAUCUUGAGGGAACGCAACGAACUUAAGGCUAGAGUUUCUGAUCUGGAGGACGAGCUGGAGAGUUACAGGCCGAAAUCUAAGGCUGAAACGUUUUUAAAUCUGUUGCCAUUGAUGGAUCAUAUUGAAAAUGCAUGUCAGAGUCUUUUGGCUUCUAAUAAAAAUUCACCAGUUGAGGAGCCUUCGCCCGUAGAUGAAGAUGCCCCGGUCCAGGGCCCGCUCCCGUACGAGCCGGACGACGCGCCGUGGAAAAAAUCGGAGUCCGGCAUACGAAAAUUUUUUCGUAAGAUAUUUUCCGAGAACAGUCCUGGCGGCGGUUUUCCUCGGCGCAGCCUGUCGACUCUCUCUAAAAUGGCAUUGUCCUCGACCAGCGAUCCACCGGUGCCGGUUUAGUGGACCGGUCGUCGAUCUGAACGGCAACCUGCACUGCGUGUGAUACUGUUUUUUUUUUGUUUUUUAACGUCGUGUGACGCACACAGUGGGGCCGCCUUUUGUCCUCCGGGCGUCGAGGGCUGGAGGCGGCCGGUGCGUAGCUUCUUGUGGUUGAUUUAUUUCAAUAGCACCCCGUACGUUUAAGGAGGACUGUAAUAUCAUAGAGUUUAGGGUUUCUGACCAAUUAUUUGGACUGUGUAAAUUAUAUUCAAUGUUGAGCACUUGCAGUUGGAUAGAUUAUUGAAAUUAG